AUGAGUAACUCUACUUCGCCGGCAGCGAACGAGGGACCGCAUGAUCAUAGUCAGGGUCCCCCACGCAAGAAGAUGCGGAAGGGGACUAAGAGCUGUCUGGAAUGUAGGAGGAGAAAGAUCAAGUGUACAUUUGAGGUCGGAAGGACCGCCAUCUGCAAUGAAUGCUACGCCCGGGGCUCGACCUGUAUCGAUCAAGAGCAUGGCGACAUACAGACAUAUGCACAGCAGACCGCAGCAGAGCAAUCCUCGUACAGCUUGCGAGAGAGAGUGACGCAGCUUGAAGAUCUUGUCAAAAAUGUCUUGAAUCGCCUACCAGAGGGCCAGAAUGGGGAGAGCCCAACGAUUGACCGCACUCAGGUAGAUGCGCAGGCCGCAGAAGUUCUCAAGAGUCUCAAGACUGGCGCCGCACCGACAUCUCCGGCAGCAGAGGAGUCGAUAUACUUGCCAGGAGGCCUUCGAGAUGAAGCGCCUGCUUUGUCACUGUUCGACAAUGCCGUCAUCAGCCGCAAGGACUCAGCGCCAGCCAUGUCUCGGUCACAGUACAACAAGUCAAAAACUGUCAUCGCAGCACUGAAUCAGCUGCUGCCAUCUCCGCAUGAUCUUGAUAUUAUACUGGAGUCUUCGGGAGAGUGGUGGACAAUCUGGCGCAAAAUGUUCCCACAGAUCACGGAUCGCAGGUGUGAGACAUAUAAGCAAUCGGUCUCUCAUUCGUUGAGAUCAGACAAGCCGGCAGAAAUCGCGAAGAUCAUGCUUUGCUUAGCCAUCAGCAUACACCAGAUGCCCAACGGCUUCGACUGGAAACGGCUACAGCUGAAAGAUACUCGAUCACAAUUUAUCGAGAAGUAUGUCUCGACGGUAAACAAGCUGGUUGUUUGCGACGACGAAAUUGCCGCCACGGUCGAAGGUAUCGAAUGCAUGGCUCUUGAGGCGAAGUAUCAGGUCAAUAUGGGCCGCCCUCGGCGAGCCUGGCUUCUCUAUACUCGCGCAAUCAGCUUCGCCCAACUCCUAGGCUUCCAUCGGCUAGCCAAUCACCCUGACAAGACGAGCAAUGACUACAAACGACAGGUCAGCAUCUGGACACACCUGGUUCUUGGCGAUCGAUUCAUGUCACUAGUUCUCGGUCUACCUUACUCAGUGCCUGACGCCUUCUGCACGCCUUACAUGCAUAACGAAGGCUCCUUAAAAAUCAACGAUGCAGAAAACUACAUCCAACAUAUGCUGGAGCUUGUGGGUCGCGUAGUCGAUCGCAAUCAGUCGGUCACUCCGAUGGCAUAUUCGGCCACGCUGGCCCUGGACCGGCAGCUGGAUGAUCUUGCUGCUGCCCAGGAUCCUUCAUGGUGGACCACAGAAAUGAUCCCAGGUCAGCUCGUGGAAGACCACUUCGAUCGAUUACAAGCACAAUUCUUCCAUCAUCAAGUCAAAGUACUACUUCACAUGCCGUUCAUGCUACGGCCACAUAAUGCGCACGACAAGCGGUAUCAGUACUCCCACACGCAGGCUUUGGACGGUGCUCGAGGCAUGAUUCGGUACUACGAAGCUCUGCGGGUGAACACUGCCGUUGGGCCGUACAUCUGCAAGUUGCUGGACUUCCAGACGUUCACUGCUGCGAUGCUACUCGUUCUCAACUUGUGCGGAUAUUCCACCCAACAUCGGCAACUCGCAACAGCACUACAGCCCGACUUGGAGCAAGAUCAGCGCGAUUCAGAGUUGAUUGAUCUGACAAUAUCUCUGCUUCGCGGCGCUGCAGAAGAGGUCGGCGGCGUUGUAGCUGCACAGUCAGCCCAAGCACUCGAGAUGAUUGCUCGGGUCCGGCACAUGACCCCAGAAAUGGCCAAGGCCUGCUCUGCCGAAGAAAUGGAACGUGCCACAUGCCAGGUAUCCAUACCAUAUUUCGGCACAAUCACAAUCGGUGCAGGCAAGCAGUUCGUCCCCAUCAAGCCAGGCACAUAUCCCAAGCCUAGCGACAAGCCUCCAAGGUCUGCCCCUCCAAUGAAUCAGAACACUGGCCUCCCAACUCCUCCAUCAUUGGCUUCCACGAGCUCGACGUUACCGUCGCCAGUGACUUCGAACCUCGACCGAACGAACAGUCUGGCAUCCAAGCCACCUGAUUGGGCAGGCACAGACUAUGUUGCUCCAGGUCUAGGUCAGCCAUGGCCCGAAGAUGACCCAUUUGUGCAAUUCGACCCAAUGAUGGCUUUUCCUCCUGGUGAUUGGCCAACCACAAAUUCGAGUGGUGAGAGCUCGGGCUUUACGCCGCAGGCAUUCACGAACACACCAGACCAGAUGGGUAUGAGCAGUGCGCAAGGAUUUCCCUUCCAGACAGGAGCGUUUCCGUUCAGUACGGGCGGAUUCAAUGGUAGUAUAGAGCUUGAUCAGGGCUGGGACUUUUGGGGCGCGGCCCCUGUGAUGCAGUAG